UUCAAGCCGCCGCUAGAGAGAGAGGUUUUUAGGAACGGCUCUCUCUCUCUCUCUGCUCUAUCAAAGGUUGAUUGAUACUCAUGCUCUUUUGUAGGCUGGACUAGGGUUUCAAACGUUCGUAGCAACUCAAAGGACGCAGCGUUUCGUGAUCUUUACUACAUUUCCCCUCCUUCAUCUCGCCAUAUACAGUUGUCUGAAGAAGCUUUUCUGUACGCAGUUCUUGAAGGUUUUCAUUUCCUUGUGUAGCAAAAUUUGGCGAUGAAGCUCUUUGAUGGUGGUGACAGUUUUGAGGAGGAUAUAUCAAAGAUUGAGAUCGACAAAGAUUAUGCCCGUCGAUUUGAGCACAACAAGAAGAGAGAGGAUCUGCAAAAGUUAGAUGAGCUUAAGAAGAAAGGAAUUGUAAAUGAAUCCUCUGAUGAAUCAUCAGAAGAUGAAUAUGAUGAUUCUCACUUGGUUGACCCGAAGAAGGAUUUGCAGUUCUUGAAUGCUUUGAUUAAAGCAAAGAAAGGGGAUCUCUCAAAAGACAAAGAGGUUAAGCUUUUCGAGUCCGAAGAUGAAGAGGACGAGGAUGAAGACGAAGAUGAAGAGGAGGGGAGGAGGGGCAAAAGCGUAAAACCAAUGUACUUGAAAGAUGUGACUGCAAAACACUUGAUUGAGGAGGGACCUGAGUUUGAUGAUGUUAUUGAAGAGAGUAAGGGAUCGGUUAUCAAGAGCCACUCAGAGGAGAUGGAGGAAAUGAGGCGAGCAUUUAUCGACGAGGCAAAUGCAGCUUUCUGUGUUGCUGAUGGUGAUGGAGAACUCUUGAUGGAGAAAAAAAGGGGGAAGGAGGAAAUUGAUAACGAAAAUGACCAAGAUAUUCAAGUUCUAUGCGACGAAGCUUUUGGUGUUGACGAUAAUCUAGAUGAGGAUGAUAAGUUUCUCAAGGAGUAUAUAAAAAAUAGGUUUUGGAUUGGUGAUGAGAAAGAUGAUAAUAAGCCAGCGAACGAAGACGUACUCGAUUUUUCUGAGGAUGAAGAGGUAAUUAACCAGCAAGAGAAGUACGAGAUCGGAUACAACUUCAGGCACGAAGAAAGCGCCGGCGAUAGAGUAUUAGGACACUCGAGGGUCAUCGAGGGUUCCGUGAGGAAGAAAACGAAUGCUCGAAAAACUCAAAGGGAACGGAAAGAGGAGAGGCUAGCACAAGCAGAAUUCGAGAGAAAGGAGGAGUUGAAACACCUUAAGAAUUUGAAGAAAAAAGAAAUGAAAGAGAAGCUCGAGAAGAUCAGGGAAACCGCGGGUAUAGUGAAAGAUGGGUUUUGUCCGUUGGAUGUUGACGAUCUAGAAAAAGAGUUUGACCCUGAUGAGUACGAUCGAAAGAUGAGAGAAGCUUUCAACGACGAAUACUAUGACGCAGUCGAUGCUAACCCUAAUUUUGAGACCGAUGACGAAAACGACGAUAUUGAAAAAUUGGAGAAACCAGAUUUCGAUAAAGAGGAUGAAUUGCUCGGACUCCAGAAAGGUUGGAGCGAACCAGGAAAUGGGUUCUUAGCAGCUCGAGAGAAAUAUUUAAAAUCAAAUGCAAAAGGAGAAGUAAAUGAUGAUUCUGAUUCAGAUUCAGAUGAUAAUGAGAAGCAAAAAAGGGGAAAGGUAGUAUCAACGGCUGAGAAGGAGAUUCUAGACAAGGAAUUGGAUGAGUAUUAUAAGUUAGACUAUGAAGAUACGAUAGGAGACUUGAAGACAAGAUUCAAAUACAAAGAAGUAGGUUCGAAACGAUACGGUUUAACUGUAGAAGAAAUCUUAAUGCUUGAUGAUAACGAGUUGAAUCAAUAUGUUUCUCUUAAGAAACUUGCUCCUUACGUGGAAAAAGAAUGGAAGGUACCACGUGAAAAACGAUACCAACAAAAACAGAGGAAUAGGAUGCUUCUUCUAGAAGCCGCGGGAUUGAAGGACCAUAAAUACAACAAUAAGAAGAAUCAGAAAGACGAUAAGGGGAAAUCACCUGUCUUGGAAGAAGGUAACGAUGCUGGUGGUGAGAGCAAGCAGUCAAGUCGGAGUAGGAAAAGGAAGAGGCAAGCUGAACUUAAGCUAUCGCGGUCUAGGCUUAUGGCUUAUGGUAAAAUACCAUCCUCUUCUGGAAAGAGUAAAAAGAAAUGAAGUGUUCUUUUAUUCUAAAAAAACUGUUUUGCUGUUUUACGUCUUGUCGAAAAUUUUAGUGUUUUUUUUGGAGUAGAGAAGACUUGUCUGUUGUUUCAAUAUUUGAUUUAUUUUUGGCUGCAGUUGAACAUUUAAAAUACUGGAAUUGUUUUUUUCAGAAAAAUGUUGGAAUUGGGUUGAAAGAGCUCAUACUAUUGUUGUUUACUUCAAUUACUUCU